AUGCGAUUUUUAAAAGCGCUAUUACCAAUCCGUCGCCCCGGUGUACGGGUAUAUGGCCAACUACAUGAUACACUGGACCAGCUAACAGGCAUAGAGAAGAAAGAAAUACUGGCACAUCUCGCUGGAGACUGUGACCCUUUUCGCAUGAUGGCGAUAAGAAAAGGACCUGGCACCUGGGAAUGUCCAAAUUUAAUUCCAAGUGCUCACUCGCAGCGUUUAUUGGCCUGUCUGUGUCACCCGGACGACAUGCAUCUUGAGUACAUGUGGCUCCACCAGGGUUGCCCAAAGAGAUGUGGUUGUGGUUACUGGUUUCAACUGUGUCCUGUUGCUAGUUUCGUCUAA